AUAUGGCUUUUUCCCUCCAAAAUCUGCUCGCUCUAUUAAUUCAUUUCGCGAAGACCAGAAAGGUCGAAAAACUCACGCGCACGCUCUAGAUAUCUCUCUGCCUUACUGUGGGGGCAACCGUAAGGUUGAUUCGAUUGAUUAGAUUAAUCUUUGUAUAUCCCUCUCUGUACAAGCCAAAUUUGGUGUAAGCGAAUUUCAUUUUCUCUGUGAAUCCGCAGGAACUCGAAGAUGGACGAGUACUUGCAGUACAUGAAAACCUUGCGGUCUCAGAUGAACGAUGUGGAGGAUCAAGCGGCGAAGAUUUCAGUCGAAGAGCAAAUGCAAUUAACCACCAUUCAAACCAUGGAAAACGAUCUUAAUUCGGCAAAAUCUGAAACAAAGAAACUAAAAGAAGAUGCCGAGCAAAUGAGGAAAGCGAAGGGUCAGAUAUGCUUACAGAUAUUAGAAAAACAGAGAAGGAGUGCCUCUUUGGAGUCUGAUUCAUCAACACUUGCACAGACGUUGGACCUUAUUCAACAAGAAAAAGCCAGCUUGUCCGCCAAACUUAUAGAGAAAAGCAUCUACUACACCAAGGUUGCAGAGGACAUCAAUUGCAAAUUACGGGAACAACAGGAUUGGGUCAAUUCUCACAACAUUAGCAGAGAGUUGGGAGAACAUGGUUUGGUCAAGACAAGAGUCGAUAAGCAAACAGGUGAAACUGAAGGGAAGUCUAGCAUUAAUAGCGAUCUCAUUAUGGACAAUCUGGGGAAUGAAGCAAAGAUGAACCUAGCGGUGAAACUAGAUUCUGCUAAAGCCAACCUCAAUGCAAUUUCACAAAUGAAAUCCAACCUUGUCAUGGAGAACAGCAAGAUGAUGCAGCUUCUUGAGCAAGUGAGGUGCAGGGCAAAUGAAUUUAAGCCAGAACUUAGAGCAAUGGAUAUUAAGACCCUGGAAGAGGAACACAGAGUCCUUCUAUCAGAUAAAGUAGGAGAAACUGAGUAUUUGCAGUCUCUGCUAGACCAAAUUGGAAAACUGAAGGGAAUUUCCCAUGUUGUUAAAUGUGCUUGCGGAGAGGAAUACGAGGUGGGUGUGGACAUUCAUGGAUGAAAAAAUGUGAAAUAAGUACUUGAAACUUGGAGAACUCAAAGACUAAGAAAGAAAGCAUCAGUGACUCGCUCUACAGGUAAUUCUUUAAAUUUUAAAGAAUUCAAUACUUUCAAGUCGUUGAAACAUAAUGUGAUGAAACUAUUAGAGUCGUUGAAGGCCAAUUUUAUAGAUAAUCUUGCUAUUAAAAAAAAUAUGUUAGUGAUCUGAACUGUUUCUUUGUGAACGAAACAAGGGAAUACGCACUCAAGGGGCAGUGAAACAAUAUCGAUAAUUCAAUACAGAAAAAUGCUUUGAUACCCACACAUCACCUGUCCUAAAUUGCCGGUUCUUGAUUAUAAAAGAUUAUAUAUUAUACACCUAAACUUCAAUGCCCAAAAUCGCCAAAUAACUGCACACACAAAGGCACAUCAAGAAUGCAUUUAAACAUUUUGUGGAGAGUUCUUUUUGUUUGCGAGUGGCUAUUUUGUUACUUCUAUGAAUCAUAUCAGAGAUCGUGUGUAUGCUCAAGACGAAGUUUUUGAAAAGCUUAGAUGUAUAAUCUUAGAUAAAAUAGAAAUUUUUAACAAAAUAUUGAGACUCGGUAUUCUUCUAUAUUUACAUUCUCACUUUUGAGUUAACUAUAUAAUUAUUUGCUUUAAAGACCCUAAAAAUGAUAGUAAUAACAAUAAUAAUAAUAAUAAUGGUAAUGGUAAAAAAGAAGAAAGAAGAAAGAAAGAAAAGAGAAACGAAG